AAAAUACAGGUUAAUCAUGUUGAGGAUUUGGAAUUAUUGAUUCAUCCAGAAGGUGUUUUACCUGUCAUCACAUUUCUUAAAGAUCAUCACACCGCUCAGUUUUUAACUAUCACUGAUAUUGCUGGUGUUGAUGUACCCACAAGGGAGUGUAGAUUCGAGAUAGUCUAUCAAUUUUUAUCAAUACAUUUUAAUGCUAGAAUUAGAGUGAAAACCUAUACUGAUGAAUUGACACCUAUUGAUUCUAUUUGUUCUGUAUUUGAAGGAGCUAACUGGUAUGAAAGAGAGAUUUGGGAUAUGUAUGGUGUAUUUUUUGCUAAUCACCCUGAUUUAAGAAGAAUUCUAACAGAUUAUGGUUUUGAAGGCCAUCCAUUUAGAAAAGAUUUUCCACUCUCAGGUUAUGUAGAGGUGAGGUAUGAUGAAGAAGUACAAAGAGUUGUUAUUGAACCUAUAGAAAUGACACAAGAAUUUAGGAAAUUUGAAUACAACACACCAUGGGAGUCAUUCCCUACAUUUAGAGCAAGUAAUACAGAAACUGCUGCCAUUGAAGAAGGGAAACCAGCAGAGAAGAAAGAAUAA